AUGCCACCUAAAGCAAAUUACCCUCCGGGUUUUGGAUUACAAAAUCAAUUGGCUUAUAGUUCUCAACAAGUCAACACCCAAGGGAAAGGAAUUACCCAAGCUCAAUACACAUCGGGAACAUCUAUUGAGAGCCUAAUAAAGGAAUAUAUGGCUAAAAAUGAUGUCGUGAUACAAAGUCAACAAGCCUCAUUGCAAAAUUUGGAAGUUCAAGUAGGUCAAUUAGCAACUGAGUUACGAAAUAGGCCUCUUGGAAAGCUGCCAGCAGACACCGAAACACCAAAAAGAGAAGGCAAAGAGCAAUGUCAAGCAAUAGAGUUGAGAAGUGGAAAAAAAAUACCCAGCGGGGGAGAAAAAAAUGCAGAACAAGGCGACAGCCAUUCCCAAGAAACUGCUGAUACACAGCAGCGAAAUGACGAAGCUGCUGUACAGAAAGAACACAGCAAGGAUUAUGCAAAAAUUAAGGAGCAGCCUAAAAUACAAACAACAGCCAGUAGUGGACAAGAGAGCAUAACAUACACACCAUCACCUCCUUUUCCACAAAGAAUAAAGAGAAAGAAAGAGGAAGCCCAUUUUGAGAAGUUUAUGGAUAUUCUAAAGGAAAUUCAUAUAAACAUACCACGGGUGGAAGCUUUGAAGCAAAUGCCAAAUUAUGUGAAGUUCUUGAAGGAUGUACUUACUAAUAGAAGGAAGUUUGAAGAAUUUAAGGUGGUGUCAUUGAAUGAAGAGUGCAGUGCAAUAUUGAAGAACAAGAUCCCACUAAAGGAGAAAGAUCCUGGAUCGUUCACUAUUCCUGUAUCAAUUGGAGGAAAGGAACUAGGACGAGCAUUAUGUGACUUGGGAGCAAGCAUCAACUUAAUGCCUCUAUCUAUUUACAAGAAGUUGGGAAUUGGAGAGGCUAGACCGACUACAGUCACCUUACAACUAGCCGAUAGGUCCAUCACUUAUCCCGAAGGAAAGAUUGAGGACAUCUUAAUUCAAGUUGACAAAUUCAUAUUUCCUGCAGAUUUUAUCAUUUUAGAUUAUGAAGCCGAUCAUGAUGUUCCAAUUAUUUUGGGGAGACCAUUUUUAAAGACUGGAAGAACAUUAGUAGAUGUCUACAAAGGAACCAUCACGUUAAGAAUGGGUGACCAAAAAGUUGAAUUUAACAUCAAUGACAGCAUGAAAUAUCCAGCAGUGAUAGAAGAAUGCUCAACAGUGACAGAAGAAUGCACAUCAGUGUAUGAAUUGACAGAACAACCAGCGACCGAGGAAUGA